CCCUCUUGAGGUUGGGCGGUCGCUGUUAGUCUGUUGCCUGGCGACGCAGAGAGAGAGAGCCUGAGGGACACUGGCUGAGCGCUCUGCAGUAAGGCACCACUGGGGUUCGCAUUCUGUUAAAUCUCACCGAACUUAGAGCCCAAAUGGCAUCAGUUUCAUCCCGUCCUAUAUCCACUGUAAACCCUGGGUGAAGGAAGGGAGGGGUGUGCGUUUUGCCAAUGUGCAUCCGUGUUACGUGACGCUGCUGCGGCGGAUUCCAGAGCUCGAGCUCGAGCUCGGAACGGCAGCGGGAGAGAACCCGCAGCUCCUCCUCCAGCUCUUACUCCUGUUUUACUACGUUGAUUAACGGCAGGUUUUGCCGGAGGAGUGAUUCUGAACUCAAUAUGAAACUCGGCAACGGAUUGUGACGCAAACACAACCAAGUGUUUUGCCAUAGGUAACAGCGUUGCACCAGUUAGUCAUGCCUGAAGUUCAUCAUUUUAUGGCUAACCGUAACAAGUAAACCUACAUGAUUGUCCAUGUAGAUCACCUUUUCCUCUUCCUGCUGGAGUGAAAUUGCCUCCAGACAGAAUCCCCAUCAGUCAUCAGUCAAAAAUGCCGUUGUAUUUCAAAAUGCCAAACACCUAGAUUCAUGCGCCCAAUCGGUACUGAGUUGGAUGGUCCUGCAGCUGAAAGCUACUCAAGCCCUUAUUCAAGCCCCCUGCCUGCUUCUGAAAUGUCUUUCCUUCACGCUUUGGGCCCAGUGCAGACCUGGCUGGGACAGGAGCUGGAGAAGUGUGGGAUUGAUGCCAUGAUCUACACACGAUAUGUCCUCAGUCUUCUGCUGCAUGAUAGUUACGACUAUGAUUUGCAGGACCAGGAAAAUGACAUCUUCUUGGGCUGGGAGAAGGGAACUGGUAAGAAAUGGGGGAAGGGCAAGAAGAAGGGUACAGACUUGAGUCUUGAGGAAAUGAAGAAACAGGCUGCUGUCCAAUGUCUGCGUUCUGCCUCUGAUGAAAGCUCUGGAAUUGAAACAUUAGUUGAGGAGCUCUGCUCCAAACUGAAAGAUCUUCAGAAUAAACAGAAAGAAGAAAAAAAACAAAACAAUAAAUCACUGGGAUCACAGACUCCUGAACUUGCAGAAUCUCCUUCAUCUAAGGAUCAGGUGGAAAUGUAUUAUGAAGCUUUUCCUCCUUUGUCAGAAAAAACAGUUUGUCUUCAUGAAAUUAUGACGGUGUGGAAUAAGUCUAAAACUUGCUCUUAUUCAAGUUCUUCAUCUUCCGCUGCUCCUCAGACAAGCACUGACACCUCCUCUCCAAAGGACUGUAACAGUGAGGGUGAAACUGGAAACGAAAAAAUUGUUGAAGUUUGCAGUACAUUGAGUGAUCGUACCCAACAGAGAAGAAGUAAAAAGGAAAAAGAGAACCGGCACUAUAACAACAUGGUGGAUGACAGAACUGAUCAGAGUAAAAAGCAGAUGAAGCACAGAUGUGAUGGAAAAUUGCGCCCUCGCUCUUGGUCCUCUGGCUCCAGUGAAGCUGGCUCUAGCUCCAGUGGGAACCAGUAUGAGAUAAAACCACCAUUGAAAUCCAUCAAAAUAAGGCAUAAGACAAGGGACAUGGGUAGAAACAAAAAAGGGCAAAACCGGCAAGUGAAGUUAGCAUUGAAAGAUGCAGAAAAAGAACAAAGAAGAAACACAGGUGGAAGCAGUCGCAGUAGUGGGCCCACUAAACAGCUGUGCAAAAAGGGGAAGAGACCAUUAAAAGAAAUUAGAAAAGAUUUCAGCUGCAGUGAGAUUAAAGAAUUUGGCUUUGAGAGUAGAAAUAAAAAAGAAUAUAGGGAAGAACCAUUAUGGUAUACUGAGCCAAUCACAGAAUAUUUUGUUCCUUUUAGCAGGAAAAGCAAACUUGAGACUACAUACCGAAAAAGUCUGGAUUCACAAGAUGUUCUUUCUGCACCUGCAAAUGUUGAAAAGCUGUCUGAGUCAAUGCAAGGUAUUUGUUUUGCAAACAGCAGUUUUCAGCGAACAUACCUCGCCGCAGGUACUUUUGUUGAUGGUCACUUUGUGGAAAUGCCUGCUGUAAUAGAUGAGGCUGAUGACGUCGAUGGGACCUCAACCUGCCCUCAACCAGAGGGCAGCAGAGCUUUAGAUGAUGAGCAUCUGUCUGAAUUUACUCACUUCUAUGAAGUGGAUAUUUAUCAAUCCAUAUUGGAUACUAGUGCCUCAGACUCAAUACAAGAAAGUCGAAUUUUAAGUAUGAUUCGACAAAAAAGCAACGAGCAAAGAGACUUUGAGGCAGAGUGUUGUGUAAUGUUAGACGGACUUGAGCUGCAAGGGGAAAGUGCAAUAAGGGCAGAUUCACACAGCUCUGUUGGUGCAGAUGGGUUUUUCUUGCAAGAUCUUGAAAAUAUAGCUCAAGUUUGGGAAUGUUGUUCAUCUUUUAGUUCUGAAGACAUUGAUGGGGAAAGCUUUACAGGGGAUUCUCCCGUUAGACCAUCCCCUAUAUUGGACAAUACAUUAUUCAAUGAAAGCAGAUUUUUUGGAAAUCAAGAAGAGUAUUUUUCAGAACCCAAUGAAGGAUUAAACUCUUCUUGUUUUUCACUCUUUGAAGUGCAAUAUGAUGGCUCCACUUUACCUUUUUCCUGUGACUCACUAACCAUUGGUCAUGAAAACACUGAUUCUAAUAGCUGUAUGGAUCCACUUGGAAAUAAACAAUCUCGUUUGCUAAUAUGGACCAAAAAUAGUGCCUUUGAUGAAACUGAACACUGUUCCAAUCUCUCAACACGAACUUGUAGCCCAUGGUCACAUUCAGAAGAAACACGUUCUGAUAACGAGACUAAUGUUAAGGAGUCUAAUGUAGAGGAGUCAGCACAUUUUAACACAGAAGAGAUUAAUUGUAUAGUCCCCAGCAUCUCCUCCAAAUACCUAGAAGAUGAACUUUUAGACUUUCUACAUGAAGAUGCAUGUCAACAAAAGGAUGAUAUUAUAAGCAAAGUACCUGACCUGACUUUUAAAAAGAAAUCCAAGCUUGAGUCAGUGUGUGGAAUCCAGCUGGAAAAAGAUGAAAGCAAACCUUAUGACGCAGCAGACAUUUUUUCAGAGGAUCCAAACCAACAAAAUGACAACUACAGCUCAGGGAUGAUAAAGGGCAUUUGGACAAGUGUUGGAGAUGGAGAUUCAGUAGCAACACUAGAAGGAGAAAUAACAGAGGAUGGGUUGUUUCCUGUUGAGGCAAAUUAUCAUUGCUGUUUAGACAUAGAAACAGCAACUGAUACCCUGCAGUUGCCCCAGAAGAAGGCAGUUCAGCGGUCAGAAUAUCAUUUGUGGGAGGUUCAAAAGGAACAUUUGGAGGAACCGACAGUUAUAAGAGGCGAGCUUUCAAAGGUAGAUGGUGGUGAUUAUACAACACCAUCAAAACCUUGGGACAUGAACCCUGAUAAAGAUCACAAUACAUUUAUUCUUGGAGGAGUCUACGGUGAGCUUAAAACCUUUAACAGUGAUGGAGACUGGGCAGUUGUACCACCCAGUCAUACUCGAGAGAGCUUAGUACAAUGCGCAGCUUCUGACGUGGUGACAAUCGCUGGUACUGAUGUUUUUAUGAACACAGGUAACUGUUUUGCUCCUGGCCACAAACCUUUAUGGAGGCCAUUGGUUUCAUUUGGUCAGUGUGACCAGGCAAUAAAAGGUGGAGAUAGAUUAAACAAGGGAUUUUCUUUUAUCUUCCAUGAAGAUUUAUUAGGAACAUGCAGCAAUUUUCAGAGUGAUGAGUCUGGGCUUGAUUAUUCAUUUUCAUCCUUUGACUUGAACAAUCCAUUUUCACAAGUUCUUCAUGUGGAGUGUUCAUUUGAGCCUGAAGAUAUUGCAUCGUUCAGCCCAAGUUUCAAGCCCAAGUCAAUACUGUGUUCAGAUUCAGAAAGUGAAGCUUUUCAUCCUAGACUUUAUGGGAUAAACCGAACACAGUACAGAGCUAUUCGUAUUUCACCUAGGACUCACUUUAGACCGAUUUCUGCCUCUGAACUUUCUCCUGGAGGAGGAAGUGACUCAGAGGUGGAAUCGGAAAAAGAAGAAUUGAAUCUUCCUGUCCUCCCUCAGUCAGAUGUGUUUGAAGAUCCACAAGCAGAUCUCAAACCAUUGGAGGAAGAUGCUGAGUGUGAGGGGCCCUACUAUGGAAAGUCAGAACUUGAGUCUGGUAAAUUUUUACCUAGAUUAAAGAAGUCUGGUAUGGAAAAGAGUGCACAGACUUCAUUAGAUUCCCAAGAAGGCUCCAGUGCUCUAUUGCCAAUAGUAGAGCAAGAAAUAUGCAACUGUGAUGGAGAGACCUCAGUAGUGAGUAUACACUUGGAAGAUUAUGAAACUGAGGAAUCUAGUAAAGAAAAUAAAGAGGCAUGUAAAUGUUCAGCAGCUGGGCACAUUUCGAGUUUUGGGAAAACCUGUGAAUUUACAGAACUGCAUGAGUUUCCUUCGCUAAAUGUACCUAUGAAAGGAAAUAUUGGCAGCCAGCAGGAGGAAUGCUGGUGGCAAAAAUCUCUGUGUUCACCACUUUUUCCAGGAUCACAGUGUGAUGAGUGCUGCACUAAAAUCAAGGAAAUAGUUGGUGUUACCAGAUAUACCGAUAUGAAAGAAAAUCCUCGUAAUGGAGAGCCUGUUUUACAGCUAAAUGCGAAUGCAUCAGCUUGUAACUCAAACUGUUUUGGAGAGAAAAACUCUGGCGCUAGAGCAACUGGUUUCCGAAGACAGCUUUUUUCCAGUGACAGCUCUAGUUCUGAUGAAACUGCUUCAGAAAAUGGAAGUGACUGGGCUGAUCCUUGUGAAGAGCUUUUUUCUCGAACGCAUCUUUAACUCUGCUUAUUAAGACAUUAACUUGAACUUCGUGUAUCAAUAAGUUUAAAGUAUGUCUUAUUGAUAACCUGUUACUGUAACUUUAGUUUCAUUUCAGUUAAUUUAUUCAAACAUUUAUCUUGCUAUUCUUGAUAAUUUCACAGUUAGGUGUUAGUGACAAUCCUAAAUUGAAAAAUCAUUAUAUAUAUAUAUAUAUAUAUAUAUAUAUAUAUAUAUAUAUAUAUAUAGUGCUCCCUCUCUAUAAGGCUCUCGGUUAUAAGGCUCUUACAGCAUGCCCCCCAAUUCCCUGCAAUAUUUCUACAGUAAAUACAGUACCGGUGUUCAAACUGUAAACAACUUCUCAGUCUCACUUCCGUUUCUGCCUCUCCCUUUUGAUACAGUAUCUGAAAUGAAGAAAAGCUGCGCUGGCACUUUAUAACACAGACAUCUUAUUCAGCAUUCGUUUUAUAACUAAAUAAAUAUUAGGCCUAUUACGUGGUUAUCUUUCUUUUAUGUAUUUACUUUUUUGCUGCAAGAGGAGCUGCAGCUUUCUCCGGGAGACAAGACGCUUCAGCCCCGCUCCGGCAGCCGAACCUGGGGUGAGCCCAUUCCCUCUUCCCCUCUCCCAACCCGCUCUCCUUCUCGUACUUGGUUUGCUUGUCUGUCGCUUCGAACUGAACUCCUGUCCGCCAUUUAGCCAGGCUAUUUAUAGUUUGAAAACUGCUAAUUGAAAUGAUCCACCAGUGGGAAUGUUAUCUUAUUUACUUUUUUUUUUUUGUAAAAAAUAUAGCGUUGAUUACAUGGUGAUUUAUGCAUGAUUAAUUCACAGAAAGUUACAUUUUUGCUUCACUAUAUGUGCAUUAUAGAGAGUGUGUGUGUGUGUGUGUGUAUAUAUAUAUAUUAGUUAGUUUGUUUUCUGAAUCCUUUGCGUUUUGAACUAGAGUAGUUGUGGUGUCCGUAUGGUUGUGCAUGUGCCUGUCUUAUCAGUAUCACUGCUUCUUUUACAGCGUAACUGCUUAAAAAAAAAUAAAAAAUCUACUAGCACUGCAGUGUCUUUUACAUCUGCUAUUCAGAGAAUAUUAGCAUAUGACAUAGUCUUAGGCUUGUUGUGCAAGAACUUGGGAGUUAAUACUUUAAUCAGAUCAGUACCUUUCUGAAUGCAGGAAUGCUUAGUCCAGUCUAUUUAAAAAAGAAAAUAAUAAUAAAUGACUCUAUCAUGAAACUUUACAAUAGGAAUGACAGGGUUGUGCUUAGAGCCCUAAAAUAACUUUCAUUGAAGAUAAAUUCCCUUUUUUCUAUUUUUUUUGUAGAAAAUAGUAUGGUUUGUAAAAAAAAAAAAAAAAAAAAAAAAAAAAAAAUUGAAAAACUAAAAAAAAAAAAAAAAGAAAUUUUAAAAAUGUACUAACUGUGAAGAAUUCCCCAUUAGGUUGAUGUAAAGUCCGAAAUCCAAAAAUGUACUAACGAAUGAAUGGCUUAAGGGAUUCUGGGACAAUAACUAAUUAACUUAGGCUGUAAAUUAUGGACAAUGUAGCCCUUAAUCCAUGAAACUUCUUGGGAUGAUUCCUGUGAUGGCAUAUGUUGAGGGGACAGGUUUUUUAUAACCUAUUUAGUACAGAAGAUGUUGGUGCUAACAAUAUAUACAAAUUCUGUUGCAGUUACAGUUAUAUAUUGUGGCUGUGAUUUAGUAAGUCUUGUAGUUCUGUUUGUCUUUAUGGAAGAGUAAGAUACGUUGUUUAUCGAAAACAAAACAAAAAAAUAUUCAUUAACGUAUGACUGCUGUAGUGAUUGUCGCUUAAUGUGGCUUGCUUUUUACUUUAUAUCUUUUUUUUUUUAAAUAAGUUACUUAUAUUUGUUACACAUACUUGGUGUAACAAAUGCUGUCGUCUCCUUUGCUUUUCAACAAAAUUCAACUGAUUCAAAAAGUAAAGAGUACUUUACACAUCACUAUCCACAUUUGCAGCAGGUACAGUGUGAAAGUCCAAAGUGGACUUAAAAAGGUCAACCGGCAAUAACAGUAGUAAAAUUCAAUUGUUUCUAGACAACACCAAACUGAGAGGAACUGGCUUUGAAAUAUGUUCUUGAUGUGUAAGUUUACCACACCAAUGUUUAAAAAUAAUAGUAAAAAACAAGUUUAGAAAAAUUUUAAAAUGAAGGCUUCCUUGCCCGUAGAUUGUUUAUCCCCUGGCUUGGCUGUACAUUUAAAAUAGGAAGUUGCGAUAGUGUGAUCUCCUAGGUUUUCUUUUUUAUUUAUUUUAAAAUUCAUAUAGCUUUUAAUAUAUAUAAAUUAAAAAAGAAAAACAUGGAAACCUAGGAGAAACCAUUAAACUAAUAUAUAUAUAUAUAUAUAUAUAUAUAUAUAUAUAUAUAUAUAUAUAUAUAUAUAUAUAACAUUAGUUCAGUUAUCCAUUUUUAAUAUUUGUUUUUAUUGACAGAGUCCUUUAGAAGUAGCACUUUUUUAGUUUUAUUACUGAGCUUCAUGAAGGGUUUAUAAACCAGCACUUUAAAAUGUAAUGUGGGUUAUUUUUUUGAAUAGGCAUAGCCUUCAAAAUGGUAGAGGCAUUGAUGAAUUGGCUGUAAAAAGUAGGCUUCAAACCUCUGCGAAGUAACCAUGGCAAAAACACUGAAAAUUCAAAAGGAUGUAUUCCAAAUAGUGUUCCACUCAGUUUAUUUUGCAUGAGGAUUUCUUCUCAAAUGAGAAAAGGCUGAACAGUUAUGGGGUGCUGUUUCAAACAAAGGCUACAUGGUGAUCUAACACUCCCACACCUUUUGAGUGAGAAAUACACUAGAGUAGAGCAAUGACAAUAUAAACAUUAAAUAUGUAUGUAUGUGACGGUCACAAGGAUAGUUGGAGGAGUGUGCAUUGAUUUUAUAUGGGUAGGGUUUAUGUAAGUGAAAGAAAUUGGAGAAACGUUUAACAAAAAAUAUGCAUUAUGUAUCAUAUACAGAGGUUACCAUAUAUAUUAAUUACACUGUGGUGUGAAGAGCAUAUCCAUAGCACUAAAACCUUGGUUCUCCAUUCCUUAGCUGUAACUUCUGUUUCUUUUUUUAUUUUCUAGAUUCAAGUGGUUGUAUUGUUCUAUGUACACCAGAGUAAAUGAUUUUGUUUCAUUGUGGAGUUACUUACCAUCUAAUAAAAAUAAAAUCCAA